AUGAAAGCCUAUAUUAACAGUGCCAUAAGAGCCAUUCAGAAGCUGACGGGGACCAAUAGAACCCCCAAUCGGCCCCAGUAUGAGGAGAGAGUGAGGUAUCGGGAGGGACACGUCAAAUGGUCUGCUGCUCUGGACAGCCAUUUAGAACAACAGAGCGCUACCACGGCUCGAGAUGUGGAGAACAUCUCUCAUAUAUCUACUGCGCCCUCAGUUACGAGCGGUGCUAUCAGGAAGCAGAGGUUGCAACAGCAACACAAACCUGAACUGAUAUCAAAACAGAGAGGAGCAGGACAGGGACAGCGUAGGAAUGUGCUGAAGGUGAUUGAGCGAAUGAAGAAAAACCGCGAGCAGCAACGUCAGCUACAAGCGAAACUGAAAGAGAAGGAACUUCAGAUAAUGAUGCGUCAAGGGAACCCAAACUGGGAGUUUCUGAAUAUGAUAAACCAGUACCGUAGUCGUAUUGUGUUCCGCCCUCUGCAAGAGUCAGACCCCGUGGAGGAUCAUCAGAUUACAGUUUGCAUUAGGAAGAGGCCGCUUAACAAGAGCGAGUUCGCCAGGCAAGAGGUGGAUGUGAUCUCGGUGCCCAGUAAAGACGAGAUUAUUGUACAUCAGCCCAAAGUCAAAAUGGAUCUCGAAAAGUUCUUAGAGAACAAACGCUUCAAAUUUGACUACGUUUUUGAUGAGACCUGCUGCAAUGAGUUGGUCUACAAAUAUACAGCAAAACCUCUGGUCCAAACAAUCUUCGAGGGGGGAAUGGCAACAUGUUUUGCUUAUGGGCAGACAGGAAGUGGCAAAACCCAUACAAUGGGCGGUGACUUCCGAGGUAAGACACAAGACUGCAAGAAAGGAAUCUACGCCAUGGUAGCCGAAGAUGUAUUUAAAUUCCUCAAGUCACGUAAGUAUAAGAAACUAAACCUGGCGGUAUUUGCAAGUUUCUUUGAGAUCUACGACAACGAUAUCUUCGAUCUGUUGGCGAAUAAAGCCAAAGUGCACAUCCUAGAAGAUGGUGAUCAUCAAGUGAAUAUCGUGGGGCUGACUGAAAAAGUAGUCGACUCAGUUGAUGAGGUCAUUGAACUGAUAGAUCGUGGUAACACGGCAAGAGCUUCAGGAAAUACAUCGGCGAAUCGCAAUUCUUCACGGUCCCAUGCAGUAUUCCAGGUUGUGCUCCGGACAACUGGCACCGAUCGCAUUCAUGGCACGUUCUCACUGAUCGAUCUAGCGGAUAAUGCGAGGGCAGUAGAUAUGAAUCCUCCGAACAGGCAGACAAAAAUGGAAGGUGCGGCGAUUAACACGUCACUGAUAGUUCUAAAGGAGUGUAUCAGGGCGUUAGAAAGGAAAGAUGCUCAUAUCCCAUUUGGAGGAAGCAAAAUCACUCUAGUGCUCCGAGAUUCCUUCAUCGGGGAGAAAUGCAAGACAUGUAUGAUAGGGACGAUUAGUCCAGGCAUGGCUUCGUGUGAAGACUCCCUAAACACACUGAGAUAUGUUGAUCGCGUAAAGGAACACAGAGCGACAUACAAGCAACGAACAACCUCGUAG